AUGUUAUCAACUAAACACAACGAUAACGUUAUAGAAACUACUAACAAAUAUGGUAAUAAAAUUGUUAAACCAAAAGUGGUAUUUGACUAUAAUAAAGCCAAAGGAUUUGUGGAUAUUUCGGACUUAAGGGGAUCAUAUCAUUCACCACUUAGACGAUCACUGAAGUGGUAUCGCAAAGUAGCGUUUGAAAUAUUAUUAAACACAAGUUUAUUAAAUGCACUAACCUUGUUCACUACUGUUACUGGUAACAAAAUAGGCGUUACUGAAUUUAGAGAGAUUAUUCUAAAAUCACUAAUUCAAAAAUCUGAAAUUUCUCAAAUAAGUCAAGAAGAAAACCAUAAGCUAGUUACUUGCAAGAGAGGAAGAUGUUACGAAUGCUAUAAUGAGAUGGCGAAGCAAGGUGGAAGACAGCAUGCACAAAAAGUCACUCGGAAAGUGCAAACUAUGUGUAUAAGAUGUUCUAAGCCUUAUGUUUAG